UACGCGAACGCUACGCGGAGACGGUCGUAGCGCCGUAGCAACCGCUUGCUACGUACGUAGCGCUACGAGCUACGAACUUCGUAGUGUCAACUCUAACUAGUUUUAUGUGCAGUUUGCAGUAAAAUGUAGUUAUAACUUAGUGUGUAACAUUCUUAAGUGUGUAGUUCCGAUGGACCAGUGACUUUGUAAGGCUGUGCGGCGCCGGUAACCUACUUAUGCGACGUCAUAAACGGAGGUGUUUCUCAAACAUUGAGAUGUCAGCAAGUCAUGCUGCGGCCUAACAGGAUGGAGAUGUCAGCCCUGCUGCUGAUGUUCUUACACUUGUCCAUGCACGUCGUCGAAGAGGGGCACGCUGUUAACCCAAGUUGCACAUGCAUCCGUUUCACGUCGACGUACGGCAAGGAGCGCGGCACGUUCAGCAGCCCCGACUACCCGCGCGCGCCCCCGCGCCGCGCCUGCCUGCUCUACACCUUCCUCGCCGCCCCGCACCAGAUCGUCGAGAUCGUCUUCACGGACUUCGAUGUCUACAAGGAGCAUUUAGACUGCACCCGCGGCGACUACCUCAAGGUCUACUGGGAAGUCCAAGGCCCGGGCCCUCCAGGCGCCGUCAACGAGCGGUCAGCCUGGGCUCGAGCGCUGUGCGGGUCGAGAGCGGACGUGCCCCCCGCGCUCUACUCGCCCGGCGCUUCGCUCGUGCUGGAGUUCCAAACGGGGGUUAAGGAGAGUAAUGCUACUGGGUUCGUGGGCACCUUCAGCUUCAUUGAUAGACGCCUCUUCGAGACAGACGGCGUCCGCGUCCCCGGCACAGACUGCGACUACCAGUUCAGCCACUCCGGCAACCGGCCCGCCCACGGCCGCCUGUACAGCCCGCAGUACCCCUCGAGUUACCCCAACAACGUGCGGUGUUCCUACCAUCUUCAUGCCAGAUCGAAAGAGCGCGUGAAAGUGGUAUUUGAAGAAGUGUCUCUACAGAAGGGCGAUAUAAGUUGCCUGCGCCGCGCCGACAUCAUAAAGGUGUUUGAUGGCAGAGACACCAACGCACCCACCAUCGCGAUGCUAUGCAACGAGCUUACAGGCUACGAGGUGCUAUCAACAGGCUCCUCGCUGCUGCUGCAGUUCACGGCCAACUCGGCGGCGCCGGGGCAGGGGUUCGCCGCCGCCUUCCACUUCCAGCCGCCUCCCGACUCCACUGCAGCCGAUUCCGAUCGACUGCUCAAGUUGAGUUUCGGAAAAGCAUUCGAGUCUUUGGGCCCAGAAGUAAGCGCAACAACUUCCUCGUGUCACCAGGAGUUCAGCAGCGAUGGCACCAAGCACGGCACCCUAUCUUCACCCAACUACCCUGCGCCGUACGCCGCGAACACUCACUGCCACUACGAGUUCUUCGGGCGAGGCAAGGAGAGGGUUAGACUACAGUUUCAAGACUUCUAUCUUCAUAAGCCUGCAGACAGUUCUAUAGACUGUACAAACAUGGAUUCUCUGCAAGCCUUCGUGAAUGUAGACGGCCGUCUAGAGAAGGUGGACUCCUUCUGCGGCACUGAUCUGCCGAAGCCAGUCAUGUCCAACGGACCCAAGCUCAUGCUGGAAUUCCGAGGACUACACUCUUCACGACACGCGAGAGGGUUCAAAAUAUCCUACUCCUUUGUGGAAAAUUUCGGAAUAACAACAGGGAAACAACUGAAAGAGUUUCCGUGUGCGUUCGUGUACAACAGUACUGAGGCCCGGAACGGUACAUUUGCGUCUCCAAACUCCCCUGGCCCGUACCCUCGGGACACGGAAUGCACGUACUUCUUCUACGGAGGGGACACUGAGAAGGUGCAUCUUCACUUCACCAGCUUUGACGUGGAAGGGGUGCUGCCAUGUGAAGCAGUCUCAGCCAGCGACUACGUAGAAUUCUCAAACCACAUGACAGAAGACAGUAGAUAUGGCAGAUACUGUGGUCAGAUGAAGGAGUUUCAUGUGGAAUCUGAAAGGAAUUUCUUCAAAGUCACCUUCAGAUCUAACGAUCGACUAGAUGGCACAGGGUUUAUGGCUAUCUACCAAUUCCUAGAAAUAACAGACGAAUACCAGUCUCCCAUUCAAGAUGAUGCUGUGAAUUUAGAUGGUUUCUUCAGCGGUCUCCUUCUGCUGAUCGCCGUCGCCAUACCGCAGCUGCAUCAAUAUAUCAUUGGAUGAAGUGAUAUUAGAAUAAUUGAAUAGCUUAAUCCUGUAUAUUUUGUAAAUUAUGUGCCAUACACUUGUAAUUAUUGUAGAUGUGCAAUAUUUUCUAUAAAAUUUAAGUUCUCCUCAUUAGCUCCUAAAGACUAAAGCAAUAUUGAAACACAAUAAACGUUUUUUCGAAGAAGGCACGUCAUUAAAACACGAAUGAACAAAUUGAACUGAA